GGGGCACGACGGCAAGAUGAGGAGAUGGUACUUUCCGUGUAGGAAAGAGUUGUUUUGAUAGAAAAGCUGUAGAGAUCCCUACUACAUACACCGGGACAUACAAUUGCACGAUUUUAUUCAUUAACGGGUGGUAAUCUUAAUCGAUCGCAGAGGUUCUCGGAGUUCUUAUUUCUAAUUUACUUUACUACGAUGGCGUCGUCUACUACUCCUAUUCCUCCUUCCCAGCCCGCCAGCGUUCCAUCCAGACUGGGGCCUUGGAUACGAUUGAAUGGGCUCUCUUAUUCUCAGUUGCCCGAGGCAGGUAUAGGUAUUGAAGCAGCCAAUGGAGUUACAAAAGCAUUGAACGGCAGUGGUCAUCCUACUAGAGAUGCGAAGACAUUUAUCGCAGCAGUACUCGAAGAGGCAAUCCCAUUUGUCAGCGGGAUGAACCAGAAUGAACCACCCUGGACGUUGCUCAAAUCCAAAAAAGAUGUUCAGUUGUAUAAACGCGUCGUUUCCAAGGAACAACUAGAUUAUUCCAAUGGAACACGCGAUAAAGCAACAAGGAAAGCAAAUGAGGAAGGGGAGACUUGGUUUGCUCGAAGAAGUGUUCAUGAGAAUAAAGCAGAGGCAAAUACGGCUUCUUGGGACGAAUUUACUCUCCACAUCAAGCAAGAACACUUUGAGAGAGAGAAGGAUUGGUGUCACUCGGUGCUCGCCAGUAGCAGGAGGGCUAUGUACUGGGAAACGAGCGGCCUCGACAUUGUGGCUGGGGGAAAGCAAUGGAACAACAUCUCACUGGAAGUUGUAGAAAUGAUUCAUAAGCCGCCGGUAAUCUCUGAGCGAAAGUUUCCUGAGGUACUGAUUACUGCAUCACUUAACGAGCCUGGAGAAAGCGAAUUCUUAGUUGUUUCAAUACCCUUAACUGAUUCAGCCAAUGCCGGAUCCCAAAAUCCCAGUUUUCAAGAAUCCGGUUUUGCCUCCGCCAAAAAGAAAAGUCAAGUUGUGGGGGCUUACGCAUCGAUCGAGCGAUGUUAUCUUCGUCCUAACUCUAAUAGUACAGCUGGAGAGAUAGAAUGGAUAAUGGCUACUGCUUCAGAUGCCAAAGGUUGGAUACCUCAAUUGAUACAGAAACCCAGUGUACCGGGCCAGAUUCAAAAGGAUGUGAGCAUGUACAUGCAUUGGGUCGAAGAUCAAAGGAGAUCAAUACCUGAUGUCCUUCCUUGAUGAACAGAAUGACAACAACGAUCGUAGAUGGAGCGCCAACAUUGAUCGAAAAACUCCGAGGACCGAUUUGGACCAAGAAUAUUUCUGCAUGGCAAAUUCAAUCCUCCAAUGGCGAUGACAGAGGCUGAUGGCA